AUGAGGAGAUUCCUCUCCAACAACUUGAAAUCCUAGUUGCUAGCAGAAUACAACAGGAUGGAUAAAAUGAACAACUAACAGAAAGGAGAAAACAGGGUAACAGUAAUAUGAGCACAAUUUGAGAAACUGAAGCAGGACCUGAUUGAUUUGAAACAGCAAGCGCAAGAAGAGAAGCAGCAGCUGGCAGAUUGUUAUGCCCAACAAAUAAAAGAAGUGGAAGAGAAAUUUCAAAAAAAAGUUGGAGAAAUUGGCCAAAUUCAAUUAAAGCUGAAAUUAAUAAAGGAUUUCCACAGGGAGAAAGCAGCUAUGGAGAAAGAGCUGGAAGAUUUAAAAGAGAGUGUGGAGAUAUCAAACAGGAGACAUCAGGAAGUGGUGAGAUUGGAGAGGAGGUUUCUUGAAGCAAAGAAAGGACUGGAAGAAGAUGCUGAGAAAAAGCAAAUAAUGAUGGCAGAGACCACCCAGGAUGAGGCUAUUCUGCAGCUGAACAGCACUGGGAGAGAGGUGUUUAAGAAGAAUAUUUGUCUUCAUGGUGCAUUUGCUUACCAGAUGAAAGCGACAAUAGAAUUGCAGAAAAUUGUACAGAAGUUAGAAGAGGACAAAGCUUUGCUAUUACAGGAGAAGGAAACCAAUGAGGGUUUGAUCCAAAAAAAGAUCCUACAGAUCAAUCGCCAGAAAGCACAGAUUAGAGACCUGCACCGUAAAGUGGAAAAGCUGGAGACGGCCUUAUGUCGAAUGAACAGAGAAUCUGUGAGAGAGGCUCAGAAAACACAGCAUCAGGCACUGACAGAAAACCAGACAAACAUGCUGGAGAUUAAGAAACUGCAGCAGCUACUAGAAAUGAAGGAUCGGGAGAUGAACCGAGUAAGGAAACUAGCCCAGAAUAUCUUAAAUGAGAGGACUGAGGUGGAAAGGUUCUUCCUAGAUGCUCUGGAACAUGUGAAGCAGGAGAUCAUAUCCAGUAGAAAGCACUACAUGAAAAAAGCCCAAACUGCCUAUUACAGAAAAAUGAUGGAGUCAUGUGCAGGGAAGGGAGAAUUCCCCAAAAUCAAAACAUUCAAAAGCAACAUAAAUAGCACAAAUAGUGUGUACAGAGACCUAGAGGAAGCAGAGAAAUGCUACUGAUAUUGAAACAUCAAAAACUGGGAAAAAAUCCAGUCUGAAAAAGUGGAUAUCAGUCACUUGACAUGGGAGCAAAAAGAACGUGUUCUGAGAUUGCUUUUUGCCAAAAUGAAUUGCGCAAAUCCAUGGAAACACAGCAGGGUGUUGGCUACUUCAGUUCCUGCUCCUGACGAUACUAAAGAAGAAAGCAAACUUGGCACAGAAAAUACUCCCAACCUAAUAUUCAUUACACAGCAGGCCAAAUUAUCAGAUUCAUCAUCGUCUGCAGUAAUCCUUCCACAUAUUCAGAUGUAA